ACCCGCCGUUCGCAGGGAUUGAAACAAACAUGGCGCCAGAGUGUGGCGGACAGGGGUACGUCCUAACUUUAGUGGUUUUUCUGUGGAGCGCGGUUGUCGGACGACCCGAGACGGCGGUAGCGGAGGCGGGGGGCACCCUGGUGCUGGGCAUGAGGCUGGAGAGGAGCGACAAGCCGGCCACGACCACCGACGAGGGCGUCAUCCAGGUGACGGAGGAGAGCAGAAUCCAGCUCCGCUUUUACGGGCUACAGAUGAACGGGGCCACCUGGUCUCACAUCAGGUUCGCGGAGCGCGGGGACGGGGGCGAGGAGGAGGAGGCGGCGGCGGCGGCGGCGGUGCGCGGCAGCACUGGCGCCCUCAACAGGACUUGUGUGGAGUUCACCAAAGACUUGAGCGUUGGGAACUACAUGAACGUCAGCAGCCGGGGCACCUCGGGGCUGCUGAGCGUGAGCGUGAAGCCGCUGCGCAAGAGCGAGCCGGCGAAGGAGUACAGCGCGUGCGUGCGGCAGAGCGCGGGCGGCGCGUGGUACGCGCUCGAGGGCAACGACGGCCGGCUGCGCGUGGUGGAGGAGAAGAAGUCGUUGCUGCCCCUGUGGCUCCAGGCCGCCCUGAUCUCCUGUCUCCUGGUGCUGUCGGGCAUGUUCAGCGGGCUCAACCUGGGGCUCAUGGCCCUGGACCCGAUGGAGCUGCGCAUCGUGCAGAGCUGCGGCACCGACAAGGAGAAGAAGCACGCGCGCAAGAUCGAGCCCAUUCGCAGGAAAGGGAACUACCUGCUGUGCUCGCUGCUGCUCGGCAACGUGCUCGUGAACACUACGCUCACCAUCCUCCUGGACGACCUCAUCGGCUCGGGCUUGGGCGCCGUCGUCGCCUCCACCAUCGGCAUCGUCAUCUUCGGCGAGAUCGUGCCCCAGGCCCUGUGCUCUCGCCACGGACUGGCGGUGGGCGCCAACACCAUCCUGGUGACCAAGUUCUUCAUGCUCCUCACCUUCCCCCUGUCCUACCCCGUCAGCAAGCUGCUGGACCGCGUGCUGGGCAAGGAGAUCGGCACCGUGUACAAUAGGGAGAAGCUGGUGGAGAUGCUCAAGGUGACGGAGCCCUACCACGACUUGGUCAAGGAGGAGCUCAACAUGAUCCAGGGAGCGCUGGAGCUCCGCACCAAGACCGUGGAGGACGUGAUGACGCCGCUGAGCAACUGCUUCAUGAUCCACAGCGACGCCGUGCUGGACUUCAACACCAUGUCGGAGAUCAUGGAGAGCGGCUACACGCGCAUCCCCGUGUACGAGGACGAGCGCUCCAACAUCGUGGACAUUCUCUACGUGAAGGACCUGGCGUUCGUGGACCCGGACGACUGCACCACGCUCAAGACCAUCACCAAGUUCUACAACCACCCGGUCCACUUCGUGUUCCACGACACCAAGCUGGAUGCCAUGCUGGAGGAGUUCAAGAAAGGCAAAUCACAUCUGGCCAUUGUGCAAAAGGUGAACAACGAGGGCGAAGGGGACCCUUUCUAUGAGGUGCUGGGCUUGGUAACGCUGGAAGACGUCAUUGAGGAAAUAAUAAAGUCGGAGAUUCUGGACGAGUCCGACCUCUACACUGACAACCGCAAUCAGAAGAAAGUGGCACCCAACAAGAACAAACGGGACUUCUCUGCUUUCAAGCAAGAGAGCGAGUCCAAAGUCAAGAUCUCACCUCAGCUCAUGCUUGCUGCCCACCGCUUCUUGGCCACAGAGGUGAACCUCUUCAGUCCCAUGCAGAUCUCGGAGAAGGUGCUGCUCCGUAUCCUGAAGCACCCCAGCGUCAUCCAGGAGAUCAAGUUCAACGAGAGCAACAAGCACGCACCGCAGCACUACGUGUAUCAGCGCGGCAAGGCCGUGGACUACUUUGUCCUCAUCUUGCAGGGACGGGUUGAGGUGGAGGCCGGCAAUGAGAAUAUGAAAUUUGAAACCGGACCAUUCUCCUACUACGGCGUCAUGGCCCUGAGCUCUCCCAGCAUUGUUGUGUCCCCCUCCCUCUCGCCGUCGGUCAGCUCGCCCCCACCACGCUAUCUCUCUCUAAAGAGGUUUUCUCUGUUCUCUCGCUUCCCAGAAUCCCGCUCGCCGUCCCACGUCGGCAACCUAAACCGUUCUGCCUCGCUCAGCUGCGCGGAACGCACAGAUUGCCUCUCUGUCAGCGGUAGCAAUAACCAGCUCAACAGCGCCCCUUCGCCGCAGUACGUCCCCGACUUUUGCGUGCGUGCGCUCACGGACCUGCAGUUUGCCAAGGUGUUGUCUUCUCUGCCCGCCCAUCCCCCACCCCUACCUGUGGUCGUUCCUCAGAUCACACGCACACAGUACCAAAAUGGUCUGAUGGCAUCCAGACUGGACAGCACCCCACACUCUCCUGACUGCGAGCACACGCGGAUGGACCGGCUGCCCCAAGAGCCCACCACCGACAACGGUCCCGACGAGACCACCUCUCUGCUCAAUGAUCAGAACUGCCUGCCCCCUCGGCAACCGAAUCACAUCCAGGCCCGUGUUCCCACACCAGCCCACAGCCACGCUCACAACCCCAUCCAUGCUCAUGGCCACUCCCCCAACUUUUGCCACACCCACGCUCACACAGAGAGCACCAUUUGACCAGGAGAUCUGGAGAAUAGUGGUCAUCAUGUAAGGGAGGGACCAGGGGCGAGCGGCAACCACACAAACACAGCAUCUCCAGGACUCAUGGGCCAUUUAGUUGAGUGCAUCCUCCCCUUGUCCCUGGCUCCCUGAACCAUCCCACCUUCAUAACCCCAAGGGAUGAAGCACUGAAGAUUUAAAGGGGAAUCACUGGUGUUCGUGUGGAUCAUCUUGGACAUUCUGCAUCAAAUUCUGGAUGCAGCCCACCCCUGUCGACGCAAGCAGCUUCUUCUGUCCUCCACCCUUUCCCUCUACAGUGCUCUUGUUCGAGUUUUCAGCAGCCGUGAGACCAGUGCGAUGAACGGUGGACUGUUGCUUGUGCAACGUUAGGACAGAGAAGAGCAGUGGAAAAAUGGUCUGUGUACCAAGCCGAUGUAGGGACCGUGCCGGAUUGGGGAGCAUGGAGGACAGCGUAGACUCUGCAUGGAGACGUGUGUGUGAAUGUGAAUGGAAUGGAAGGGGCGAAGGACAAUAUUUUUUUUUUUGCAUCAUACAAAUAACAUGACUAUCAAUCCUUGUCGGUAUAAUUCUUUACUUUUAUGCAACUAUGAAGGAGAUGCCCCACUGUACCCUUUGAAGCGUGAGCAGAGGGGAAAAGCUGACCUCCCUCUCCCCUGGCUGCCACAUGCCAGGCAUCUGCUGGUUGCCAGGGCCAGUGUUAUUUUCCUGCAUGCCAGCUUACAUACCUCCCCCCACCCCCCCCGGCAAGCCACGUGACUCAGGGAGACCAAAGACACAGGCAGUACCAUGUUACUGUCAUGGGCACAGCCAUCUGCCUGCUCUCAGGUGGCGUGCUUGAAAGCAGGGACAUAGGAAGCAAACAGAGAAGAACGUUUCCAAAGCAUGCUUUAGCGACAGUGGCAUUAUUUAUAGCCAUGCAUCGGGAAAAUGAACUUAUUUAUGUGUGGUGUACUUUAUUUCUUCUGUUUUGUGAAUGACCCACUUAGGUCAUAGCAUGGAGUGUGCUGCCUGAAACUGUGACACUGAAUUCUUUCAGUUUUCCACGCUCUUGUUUCAAACCCUCAAGGGGGUUUCUGUGUGUGUGUGUGUGUGUGUGUGUGUGUGUGUGUAAGAAGGGUUCGCUGUUCCGCUGUCAUAGGAGUCCUUGAAGGACAGUCAGUGGAGCAACAGGCAACACUUGGAUGUUGGAUUUGUGAAGAUGUUUCUUCUGGGAUGUGAUGCUCAUUGUCUUUUUGAGCAGAUUGAAUCCUGGAUUUGUCAACACAGACUUACUUGACUCCAGUGGAGGAGGACUUUCAGGAGGUUGCUCAAGGCUGUUGAGCUCAAAGUAUAUGUAAUACUCACCUCCCAAAUAGUGACAUAUAUAUAUAUAAAUAUA